UAGAAGUGGCUCGUCUCUGCUAAGUCUUCUGUGGUCGCGCUCGCUGCCUGGAAUUCACGUCAUUUGGCCGCGAAGCGUCCGGAUCAAUAAGGUUCCGCGCUGCGCGUUGCGUUGCGCUCCUGCGAGCGACGCUUCCAGGAAGGUGUUAACCAUCACGCUGCCGCAAUGUAGCGCCUGCCCCGUUUGCGCUUUUACGAAUAACAAAACAAAGAAGUUGAAGAAUUCAUCGCGGGGCGACGCCAAUGGACGUGCGAGCGAAUUAACAACGCCUGCGCGCGCGAGCGGAACAUUUAUCCGGGCGGGUGCGGACAGUUUUUGGAUUUAUAUCACGGAAAAUUAAGGGAGAGGAAAGUGGAAACACAAGAACUUCCUGAAUUUCUACGAGACAUGUCCGAUUCCCCCUCGCCGCUCAUCAUUAAGGAGAGGAGUGCGUUCAGCCCGUCUGCCAGUCCAUUGCCAAAUUCCACUUCCUCUCCCGGUCAUGCCCCGCCUCCUUCGGCAAAUGCCAGGACAGAAGAGGAACCAACCAGACUGCCUGCACACCUGCGUAUGCAGCCAGUGUACUGGAGCCGGGACGACGUGUCGCGGUGGUUGCAGUGGGCGGAACAUGAGUUUGCGUUGCGGCCGAUCUCCAGCGCCAGUUACCAGAUGAACGGCAAAGCUCUUCUGCUGCUCACCAAAGAAGACUUCAGAUACCGAUCUCCACACUCAGGAGACGUGCUUUAUGAACUACUGCAGCACAUUUUAAAACAGAGGAAGCCGCACGCAUCAUAUUUCAGUGCCGGAUCCUUCCAUCCGCUCGCUGAUACGCCGCUGCAACAACACAAACUUGAAGAAACGGUACGCCGACCGCAGCGCGGUACAGACAGCCUGGCACUGCAGCCGCCCACCAUUGAACUACGUCACCGCUCGCGCUCGCCCCAUCACCCCAUGCCACAGCGCAUGUCCGGAGAACACCCUCGACCCACCUCGGCCGAAGACCUUCAGCACGCGUCCACCCAGCUACCCGACAGCAACCAUCAUCUCCCAGACGACAUGUACCCACUAUCUGUGUCGCCCGCAGCACCGAACGGGCACUGCGCCCUUCCUCGCGACGCCCCACGACCCAUGAGCCCGUGUCAGGACGAGGCGCCGCUGCCCCGCGUCAUACAGCUCAUGCCCAGCGCUAUCAUGCACCCCCUGCUGCUGAGCCCAGGCAGAGGGGCGACCCCAGGCGACUUCAGGCACAGCCGGGCGACCCCUCAGGAAAACGGGCGAGAGGGCAAAGGUCAACACCACAACCCUGUCCACUAUUCCUCGCACGCCCUGAACCUCGCAGGACAUCAGGCGGGUCUGCAGCUCCCCCUACAGGACGAUCGACACUACCGCAACCAGAUCAUCAUGCCCAUGUCGCCACCUAAGGAACAAGGCACGCCCCUGGGACGCAUCGCUGACUGCAGGUUGUUAUGGGAUUACGUCUAUCAGCUGCUGUCUGACAGUCGCUAUGACAAUUUCAUCCGCUGGGAGGACCGCGAUACCAAAGUCUUCCGGAUCGUGGACCCCAACGGUCUGGCUCGCCUGUGGGGAAACCAUAAGAACAGGACAAAUAUGACCUAUGAGAAGAUGUCGCGGGCGCUGAGACACUACUACAAACUCAACAUCAUCAGGAAAGAGCCGGGACAGAGACUGCUAUUCCGGUUUAUGAAGACGCCCGAUGAGAUCAUGAACGGACAGACGGACCGUUUGGAGCAUCUGGAGUCGGACACAGAUGAUCAAAUCUACGUGAAGGAGGAAUGCUGAGCUGAUCCGAGCUCAAGAGCACGAACUUCUAAAGCCGAAGAUGCCUCAGUUCACCCUCUGACCUUUGAACUCUCAGCAGGACACUUUACUCCACCGCGUCUAUCACAUCUGAUUCUAUUGUCAUUUUUAAGUCUUACAUUUGAACUGCAGAAAAGCAAACUUCCAGGUGACAAUCAUUUUAAUGAUCAAUACUCCUUUUCCAAAUCAAAUGUAGAAAUUGCUGGUGCAGCUCUUUUGUGGUUGGUAAGUAUAUUGUACGAAGACAUGAAGGGAUUAUUAGAAUGCUGGUGAAAAUGUGAUUGAAUUCUACAUUAAAUAUUAGUGAGUGACACACACGUGUUUAGUCUUUUUGUUGUGCUGCUUUCGGUCGACCACAGUCCUUUGCUUUGAUAACUGAACGGACAAUGUCAAAUCAGCAACACUUUCAAUUUGAGCAACUGUAAACUUUAUUAAUACUUGAUC